CAUUAAAUUGGAGACAAUCUGAAAGGUUUCUACUUUUUUCUUUCGUGCUAUCAUAACGACGACCUCGUAUAAAUUAAUAUCCUAAGCCCAAGUUUUCAUUUUACAAAUUUUAAGUUGAAAUUUCAUACGGAGGAAAGGAACAUUCUGAAUUAUUUCGCGAGCAUUUUUUAAUUUCAUUGGUUCUGGGUAAUACGAUUCGACAACGCAUUUAAGGUGAUAAUUAAAUAUACGUCACUAUUUUCGCGCGCACGUAACAAAUAUGAUGAUGGAGGAUUCGAUAUUCGUUCACAAUUAUGAAAUGUUGCCAGCAUAAGAGGUUGAAAUCCUCUCAAUGUAAAGCUGGCAACCAACGAUGGAAUCCUACCUCCAAGCUCCGCCUAAACAAUUCUUACUUGCCCUCGUUUCGCCCGAUAAUCGAUGAUGAAGAGAAGAAAGCAAUCUUCAAGUUAUUUUGGAGCAUGGCUAGUCAACCUUCUCCUGAGAAAGCUUCCACAACGCUUAAAAAACUGAGCCUGCCUUUUGAUGCUUCAACACGUAACUUUGGUGUGACAAGCAACCAAACCCAGAAAAGAAAAAUUACUUUGGAUGACGCCAGGCACAAAAUAAAUCCCAAUCUCUUAACGGCGCGUGGACGUGGGGACCUUAUUUACGUGGCGCAGAGAAGAACUGAGUUCGAUAUUGCACCCGACUGGAGAGCACCAAUGCGCAGCGUUGUUCCUAUGACCCAGAUCACUCGGGGUGCUCCUACGCAGGAGAGGCUACCAAGGUUAACCAAGCACGUCUGUCUACAUAAUCAGCGUGAGUUUGUGAUUCAUCCCGAAUGGAUUAUCCAUUGAAGUUAAGGAGAGCAAUUCAAGGGAACGGUUCACUCCAUUUUUCAGCCUUUUUCAAUUGUUGCUUAAAUUGUUAGUUUGUAUUCCGCCGGUUAGAAAUAAACAAUUGAUAACGGUA